AUGGUGGAGAGAAAGGAGGAAGGGAGGGGACGGCAACAUAGCGCCGCCGGGGAUCGCACAGCGACCACAGGACGACUCUUUGUCCACGGCGAGAAGGCGCUCCGGCGGGCUUUUGUUAAACACGGAGAAAAUACCACAGACAUCAUUGCCUACAUAGACGUUGCUUGCCGCUUCACUCAAGAGUACCUUUCCCCUGAGCGGGUUACAGGCCAAGCUCUUGAUGCGUGGAACCGAACCGGUUCACAGAGCUGGCAUGUGGUAGUUAAGAGGGUGUGUGUGAUCGAUGGCAGAGACCACCUCCCCGUGUGUUAUCUGUCCGUCUCAGGUGGGGAUUCCUCACAGAGGAGCCCUCUCAGUCUGCGUGUACAGGUGCAUUUGCUGACUUCAGCCUUUAAGAUCUUCACUUGGGGCUGUAAAAUGCUGGCGCUCUUUCCCCUGAGCCUCUGGCUGGUUGGCUUGGCGGAAGUGUCCGGCCUGUGCUUAGUGCUGAGCAGUGAGGUACUCUAUCAGGUCGGCCUGCUUCUCUACCACCUCCUCCAGACUGGAGGCCCCUCUGGAACACAAAUGAGACUCUCACGUGACUGGACAGACAAGUGCUCAGACCAGGUCGUCUCUCUUCUGAGAGCCGCAAUCAUCCGCGUAGAUGUGCGCAUUUCCAGGUGUAAGGGUGAAGCCGCGGAGGUGCUAAACGCUAAUGGCACAGCAUCCCAAACAAAGCAGUCACUGGGUUUCCUGGCUGCUGUUGCAACAAACCGCUCCAGCAGGGUGGUGGGUGGAGAGGAAACAGUGAACUCUUCUGUCGUCGCUUCUCCGUUCACCCGCACCAACCUUUCCAUCUGGACAGGAUACAGACACACAGAAGAAGAGAUAUCUUAUGUUAUCACCCUCACUUUAGCCUACAAAAUAUAA